UUCCGGUUGAAGUGAGUCGCUGAUGUCAGCGGUAACUGUAGCAAAUGUGAAUUGUGAUGAAGUCAAUACAGCAUCAGUCGGUAAUCAGCUUCUACCAUUUCUGGCUGUGCCAUUGCGGGAAAUCUGGACAGUCGGAGUCAGUUGAUCAGGAACAAUCGAGCAAGUGACACCAACCGUUUCGCAUUUCCAGUUUGGAAGGAAAUCGUUUCACAUCGGGCGCGUCGGGACAUUAGUGAACAGCAGUGUAGUGCAACAUUCCACUGAUGGAAUUAUGAGUGCAGUAGUUUUCGGUUACGGAUAAAGUUGGAGAAUUGAAUCGAGUUUCAGAAGUGAUUUGGUUAUUAGUUUUGUAGCUAGUACAAGUGAAACAAAUAUUUCUGCAAUCAGUUGAUGACAAAUCGUCAAUAAAAAUUAAUCAAGUUGGAUUUCAAAUUCGUUUGGCAACCACGAAGAAUGGGAACAGGUGACAGAUUACUCGACAUUCCAUGCAAAGUAUGCGGUGAUCGUAGCUCAGGAAAACACUAUGGCAUCUACAGUUGUGACGGCUGCUCUGGAUUUUUCAAACGCAGCAUCCACCGAAAUCGAGUUUACACGUGUAAGGCGGCCGGUGAACUGAAGGGUCGGUGCCCCGUGGAUAAAACCCACCGCAAUCAGUGCCGGGCUUGCCGGUUAUCAAAGUGCUUCCAAUCCGCGAUGAACAAAGACGUGCCUUUUUUGCGAUUCUUUUCCAUUGCAGCUGUCCAACACGAACGCGGACCACGGAAACCCAAAUUGCAGCACCUCCAGCCAAACGGAGCUCAUCCGCACCAUCUAGGAGGACCAUUCGUGAACACAUCUUCCUACGGCCAUGUCCCUCAUUUUGCCAAUCUCCAUCACACAGCUAUGCAACAGAACUCAAUCCUCCAUCAUCCCCAACCUUUAUCAUUUGCCCCAUUGGGACAUCAUAUGCCUCCUUCACUCCUGCCACCAGUGAAAUUAGAACAUAAUAAAUUCGAUUUUUCUCCCGCGAAUAAUGGCCAAUUGCCUCCGACGUUACUACCAUCUGUUAAACUGGAGCAAACCAAAAUGUCCUCGUUCGAUUUCUCCCCAUCAAGUCAUCGCUUCUACAAACCCUUAGAGCAACUCCCUCCCUCACCAACGAAUUCCAAAAGCUCCAUAAGUGUAGACUCCCCAUCGGAAAGCUUGACAAGUCCACAGCCUUCGACCGUAGACUGUGGAUCCAGCGUUCUUAGUCCUACCCCAAUUAACGCUAGCAAUCUAAGUCUUCCCUCACCAUUGUCCCAAACCGGUGUUCUAGAUAUUAUCAUGAGCUCCGAUAAAUGUCAGGAAUUCAUCCAGUAUCAAAUGCAUAACAACAAUCUUAUGUUUUCUGGAUUUAAUUCACCCGAAAAUGGCGGAACGGCUGCCCAACAUCCUCCACCACCCCCGCCACUAAUUCCUCAUCCCACACCCCUUCCUGCCGACAGCCCUGGAGUACGAUUGCCUACUUGGGAGAUUCUACAGGAAACCACUGCCAGGCUGCUAUUCAUGUCCGUUCGGUGGGUACGCUGUCUGAUUCCCUUCCAAACGCUCUCCAAGAGUGACCAGCAUCUUUUACUACAGGAAUCGUGGAAGGAGCUAUUCCUGCUGAAUUUCGCACAAUGGAGUGUUCCCUGGGACCUCAGUGCCCUGCUCGAGAGUCAACAGGUGCGCGAUCGAUUGCCACAGGAUCCGGCCACCCAGAUGGAAAUGAAAACGAUGCAGGAGAUACUGUGUCGGUUUCGGCAGAUUUCACCGGACCUGAGCGAAUUGGGGUGUAUGAAGGCCGUUAUUUUGUUUUCUCCAGAAACUUCGGAACUGUGUGACGUUCAACCAGUUGAAAUGCUGCAAGACCAGGCCCAGUGUGUCCUCUCGGAUCACGUACGUGUGCGCUAUCCCCGUCAACCCACCCGUUUCGGGCGGCUUCUGCUGCUGCUCCCGCUGCUGCGCACAAUUCGCUCGGUAACCAUCGAAACGCUCUUUUUCAAAGAAACCAUAGGUACCGUACCCAUCUCUCGACUUCUAAUCGAUAUGUAUCAAAUGGAAAAGUACACCGAUCUUGAAGCUGGCACACCGGGAGUUAACAACAGCACACCGCAAUUGAAGCACUAGUCAGGUGGUUAGGAGGUGCAAGAAAAACAUUAUAUCCCAUCACCGUCUUCGUAGUCGCUACAGUUAGUAAAAAACAACUUAGAAAAAUAACCCAAGAAUACUCAUCAUCUUUUUAUUUUUUUCAAAUCUAGUUGUACAUUUUAUGUAAGUACAUGUGUACAUAUGAUGAAAGUGUGUAUUGAAAGAAUACUAGUUCCGUAAAAAAAUACCUUGCUCGUUGUCGAAAUACGGAAUAACAAAAUUAAAAUUGAAUCAAAACUGAAAUACUAUUGACUAUGCGAAUAACGGAAACUACAAAUUUACGUAGAUUAAUAGUUCAAAUCGGAAAGAAAAUAAGUCACUCUUCUCUAGCUUCAUUGUCACCCCCACUUACAAAAUUUUUAAUGUGGGUUCAAUGCGCGAUUUGUUUCAUUUUAUUACUAUUUUCUAUUCAUUGUUGAGAGGCAUAGUUCACAGGCAUUCGAAACAUUUUUGAAUGCAAUGGAAAAACACCCUUGGAAUAAAGCUGGGUAGAAUAGAUAACAGACAAAAGUUCAGCAUGCUCAAAAGAGCGACGGGAGAAGCAAAACCCAAAAAUUGUGUUUUCCCAUACAGCUGCGGGGUGUUUGAGUUUUAUCUGGCAGACACGAGAUGUGUUGCCUCGCAAAGCGAUGAACCAUUUUCUCGUUCUUCGGUUGAUAACUUUGUGGGUGGAAAACAGAACCACCUUCACCAACCUACAUUACCUACAACAGUCUUAAAAUCAAGUCCGGAAGACAUGGAAGCUGUGCAUAUGGUGGUUGCUUCAUCGCAGAAAAAAAAUAAACGUUUCCUACGUCGUUGGUCAGACUUACCGUUAUUAGGGUAGCGAUUUUUUUGUUGCUGCAGACAGCUGAUAUUAUUUUUCAAUUUGUUAAACAAAUCCAAUCUUGCGUCUUCUAGCUACAAAAAAUGAAAUGAUUGUAGGAUAACAACUUCUUGUACCAAAGUCAAUACCUUCCAGCGAUCGAAUGUUUCCCAUGAUAAAUUGUUAUAUCACUCAUGACGAUAUAAAAAUUGAAACCAUUUUCCGGGGGCAAAUUUAUCACUCUGACAUCAUAAUAGUAUUGACAUAUGUUUGUUAUAAUGAACUUUCGCAGCUAAUUGCUAUGUCAUUCUUUGAAACUUAUAACCUAUUCCCAGGUUAUAAAUCCCACAGGGUACUAACAAUCAAAGGUGUUAGAAUUAUAAUAAAGAUACAUGUAUGAAAUUUAUAUGAUUAUUUUAUCUGAUAUUUGAUUCAAUAUUGAUUGAUCAAUAUAUAGCACCAAUGGCUCAAUUUUCGAUUGAAAACAAUUUAUUAAAAAAAAAAUCAAUUUGAUCUCACAGUUCAAUGGACAUCGACAGAUUUGGUGAUAUUCAGCUAAGUUUUCUAUUCAAAAUCAUAAAAAAUGUGAUGAAAAUAUAUACCCCUGGAUUAUGUUAACACUCGUACCUAGUCGUAAUAAUACAAGCUCGAAGCGAAUUAACAUUUUUCCGAACAGUAUUGUAAUAAAACUCGUAUCGCAUUAAUAAAAUAAGCAACAACUAUUCCAUAAUAAAUUAAUAAUGGAGACAAUGUUGCCAAUUAGUAUUAACAUUUGUUGAAAAUGUAGUAAAUUGUAUGUAUUUAUAUGAUUACAGUCUCCUAAUGGUAAGAAUAUUUUCAAUCUGUGCACCUAAUCAAAAACA